ACAUAUUUCAUCCACACCUUCUCCACCAUCAAAUCUGCUGUGCUCAUGGCUGUAGCUUUUGACUUCUUUGCGAUGAUCUAGCCCCUGAGGCAUACAACCCUCCUGACAAACUCCCUGGUCACCAAGACUGUGAUUUGUCUGUCUAAGUUCACAAGUUUGGGGAAAAAUGCUUCUCCUAUUGUUCACAUCCUCAUGGCCAACAUCUGCUUGCUGGUCCCACUGAUGAACCAGACUGUGUACAGUGUGAAAACCAAACAGAUAC